AUGCAACAAAGAAAAUUGUACAAUCUCAGAAAAUCUAUUUGUUUGUUCUGGGUCGAUAUGAUAUCGUUCGAAAUCGAAGUUUAGAAAAUUAAAGAAGAAACGAUUGUCCACGUUUUCGCAGUGUUUCUCUCCCAAGUAUGUAAUUCGUGAUAGCUCGUUCAUCAAAAAAGAUGAUAUAUAAUAUAAUAUCAUAAUAAAGACGACUCUGUGCUUGUUUGUAUUUUUAUUAUAUUUGGUAAAAAUGCUUCUAAAACGAUUUUUCGCGAGUUGCCUAUUUUCUCUAUUCCCUGCAUUUUCAAGUUUUGCUCGAGGAUAACAAACGUGGAAUAGUAACUGUAUGCGCUUUAUCCUGUUCUUUACAUUUUCAUUUCAUUCCAUGACACAAAAUUUGCACAUCAAUAGUGAUGAAACUGAAUAAUAUUAAAAUCAGUGGUCAUUAAAGACUGGUCAAAACUAUCAAUUAAAUUAUAUUUAAGAUACAAGAUAACGUUGUACCUUAAAUAUAUACUUUUAUUUCAAUAUCUAUUUCCUCGAUAUAAAUUUAACACUUCGAUCGGUUUCUAUCGUACAAAUUUAAUUUUCACUUGUAACCUGUAAAACCAUUUCCUAUUUCUUGCAUCUUCGCUUUUGCGAUACGAUAGUUUUAUACUUGAGCAGUCGGUAAUUCUACUGUUUAAGCAUUAUCGUACUCAUUCAUCCACGUCAAAGAAUCGUCCGUCCACUCGUCGAUUCUCUCUCUCUCUCUCUUCUCGAAUCAACGAAGCCAGUUGGGCCGCUUUCGCGAUAUCGCUUACCCGGUUUCGCCCGGUCCUCCUACGGUCGUCGACGGAAAUAGACGAUACGCGUAGCAAUAAAUAUCUCCGUAUUAUAAUUAAGCCGCAUCCUCUCGCGUGGCAUAGGCCUUACGUACGCAGAGACACGCAGAUAGAUGGACGACCGAACGUGAGAGUGCUACCCGGUUCGUCACGAUCUAACUCGACCAACGAAUGACACGAUCGUUCGUACGAGAGGAAGAAAGAGGUACAAAGAGGGUUGAGAAACGCGAGGGAGACGGAAAAUCUCUCGACGAGCCAGAGCGGAUCAGGGCAUCUCUCUGUCCGAGAUCGAGAUCAUUUCGAAUUUAAAUUCGAAUCACUUUCGAUCGCUUUCGACGUUUCGAUAUCCCGGCAAUGGGAUCCGUGAUGAAGAUUCAGCGUUCCUUCGUGCUAAUAUCGAGUAUUGUAUUAAAGAAAACCCAACAAGUCGGAUACUUGUCAUUGUUAAAAGUUUCAAGGUAGCCAAGAUAUGAUCGAGACCUCCAAGACAUCCAAGAUUAUUAUUAUAUCGAGACUUUCGGGAAUUUCAAACUUCGCAUAUUCACAUUCGAAGUGAUUUGAACUUUUUUUCUUUCUCUUUUUUUAUUUGAAAAUAGGACGAGAUAUAUCUUGUUUCUGAGAUACGGUCAAAUUUCUGCCUUUCAAUAAUUCUUUUGACAUACUCUGAUGUACUUUGUGUCGCAUAAGAAUUCGAAAUUUGUAACGUUCCUACGAUCAAUCGUGUUUCAUCGUUCGUAACAUUGACUAUUUAACAGAGUCUUGUGAGAAUGUACAUACUAUGACAUUAAUUAGGGAUAUAAAAGCUAAUAAAAGCUCUGGCAACGUAUUGUCGAGGAUUGCCAACAAAUUCGGACAAUAG